AUGCAGGAACAAUUCGCGCCGCUCAAGAACGAUCUGCUGCUGAGAGCAGCCAAGGGGGAGAAGGUGGAACGCCCGCCGAUAUGGGUGAUGCGACAGGCUGGUCGUUACCUGCCCGAGUAUCAUGAGGCUAAGGGAAACCGGGACUUCUUCGAAUGCUGCCGCUCGCCGGAAGUCGCAUCGACCCUGACGCUCCAACCCAUUGAUCGAUAUGCGGGGCUGAUUGAUGCGGCGAUUAUCUUCUCGGAUAUCCUGGUCAUCCCGCAGGCCAUGGGCAUGAAGGUGGAAAUGGUGGACAAGAAGGGCCCGCAUUUCCCGGAGCCGCUCUCGUCUCCGACGGAUGGCCAGUACGCCCAGGUGCUGGAAAAGCAGGUGGAUGUGAAGGCGGAGCUGGACUAUGUCUACAAGGCUAUCACGCUCACCCGGCACAAGCUCCAGGGCCGGGUGCCUCUCAUCGGGUUCUGCGGUGCACCGUGGACUCUGCUCUGCUACAUGGUCGAGGGUGGCGGCAGCAAAUUCUUCGUCCAGUCCAAGAAGUGGAUCUACAAGUACCCGAAGGAGUCGCAGGCUCUGCUGCAGAAGAUUGCCGAGAUCUGUGUCGAGUACCUGGCGCUCCAAGUCGCGGCCGGUGCGCAGUUGGUGCAAGUUUUUGACUCGUGGGCCGGUGAGCUGUCGCCCAGCUCGUUCACUUCGUUCUCGCUGCCUUAUCUGCGCUACAUCUCCGCCAACCUUCCCAAGCGCCUGCAAGAGAAGGGCUUGGAGCCCGUCCCGAUGACGGUGUUUGCCAAGGGCGCGUGGUAUGCCCUGGACGACCUGUGCCAGUCGGGCUAUAAUGUUGUUGGCCUGGACUGGCUGCACGAUGCGGGCGAAGCUAGGCGCAUUGCCAACGGCCGCGUGACCAUCCAGGGCAACGCGGAUCCUGGCAUCCUCUACGGAGGGCGUGAGGCCAUCACCGCCGCGGUCGAGAACAUGGCUGAAGGAUUCCAAAAAGGCAAGCAGGGAUGGAUCGUGAAUCUGGGUCACGGGGUUACUCCGUUCGUGGAUCCCGAGCUUCUGAAGUUCUACUUCGAAGAGAUCCACCGUCUGACGGCGUCGUGA